CGGUGGGACGAGCUCCGGAGGGUUAAAACGCUGGGAAGGUGAUAAUAGCUCUGCGCUGGGAUGGGGUGCAAUUGGCAUUUGCCUGCACGUGACCUGCCAAGCUCCGGGUGACAGGUACCGGGGCUCCUAAUGAAUUUCCCAAAGGCUUGGAUCUGAACGCCGCCGUCGCCACUCUCGUCCCGGGGCUGCCGCCGGCUGCCCAGCUCCUCUCCAUCCUCCCCAAGGUCUCCAAUGGAAGCAGCGUGCAACAGCAUGGCCCUCGAAAGGCUCGGGGAAGCCCUGGGCAGCUUCCCCCCCUUGCAAAGGUCCCUCCUGCUUCUGCUCUGCCUGCUCGCCGCCAUCCAACUGGGCAAGUUCCUCCUGCAGCAGCAGCAGCGCCGGCGGCAGGGCCAGAGCCGGGCGCCGCCGGGCCCUUUCCCCUGGCCCCUGAUCGGCAACGCGGCGCAGCUGGGCAGCGCUCCGCACCUCUCCUUCGCCCGCCUGGCCAGCACCUACGGCGCCGUGUUCCAGCUGCGCCUGGGGCGCUGGCCCGUGGUGGUGCUGAACGGGGAGCGCGCCAUCCGCCAGGCCCUCGUCCGCCAGGGGGCCGCCUUCGCCGGCCGCCCGCCCUUCCCGUCCUUCCAGCUGGUGUCGGGCGGGCUCAGCCUGGCCUUCGGCGGCUACUCGGAGCUGUGGAAGCUGCACCGGCGGGCGGCGCACGCCACGGUGCGCGCCUUCUCCACGGGCAGCCCCGCCACCCGCCGCCUGCUCGAGCGGCACCUGGUGGGCGAGGCGCGGGCCCUGGUGGCGCUGCUGGUGCGCGGCAGCGCCGGCGGCGCCUUCCUCGACCCCUCGCGCGUCCUGGUGGUGGCCGUGGCCAACGUGAUGAGCGCCCUGUGCUUCGGCCGCCGCUACAGCCACGGCGACGGCGAGUUCCUGCGCAUCGUGGGGCGCAACGAGCAGUUCGGGCGGGCGGUGGGCGCCGGCAGCCUGGUGGACGCGCUGCCCUGGCUCCAGCGCUUCCCCAGCCCCAUCCGCGCCGCCUACCGCGCCUUCCGCGACCUCAACCGCGACUUUUACGGCUUCGUCCGCGGCAAGUUCCUGCAGCACCAGCGCAGCCUGCGCCCGGGGGCCGCCCCCCGCGACAUGAUGGACGCCUUCAUCCACCUGCAGCGGGAGCAGCCGCGGCUGCAGCUGGAGCAUGUGCCCGCCACCGUCACCGACAUCUUCGGCGCCAGCCAGGACACCCUCUCCACGGCCCUGCAGUGGCUCCUCAUCUUUCUCAUCAGGUAUCCGAAAGUGCAGGCUAAAAUGCAAGAAGAAGUGGACAGGAUUGUCGGAAGAGACCGUCUGCCAUGUGUUGAAGAUCAGCCUCACUUGCCCUACAUCAUGGCUUUCUUGUAUGAAUCCAUGCGUUUCAGCAGCUUUGUGCCUGUUACUAUCCCACAUGCCACCACAACCAACACCUUCAUAAUGGGCUACCUCAUUCCCAAGGACACUGUCAUUUUUGUAAAUCAGUGGUCAGUGAAUCAUGAUCCAGCAAAAUGGUCCAACCCUGAGGAUUUUGAUCCAACAAGAUUCCUGGAUGAGAAUGGAUUCAUCAAUAAAGAUCUUACUAGUAGUGUGAUGAUUUUCUCACUGGGAAAACGUCGGUGUAUUGGAGAGGAGUUAUCCAAGGUGCAGCUCUUUCUCUUUACCUCUAUACUGGUGCAUCAGUGCAAUUUUACUGCUAAUCCAAAUGAGGACCCUAAAAUGGACUUUACCUAUGGUCUGACCAUUAAACCUAAGCCAUUUACCUUGAAUGUUACGCUAAGAGAUACUAUGGAUUUGCUUGAUCAGGCUGUCCAAAGACUGCAAGCAGAGAAAGUAGCCAAUGAAAAUCAGCUGUCAGCAAAUGCCUAAACAAUAAACCUUGCAUCUACAGAUAAUCCCUCUUUCUCUUUUUAGACUUACAUGACUUACAGUUUGUUCUGGUGAUCUUUUUGGAACAUAGCCAAUAUUACAAGUUAUAAGAGCAGGAAGGAAAGCUGCACAAGGUAUAAUUCAGUCCUCUUUUUAGUUCUAGAAGGAGAGCCAGGGGAACAAUUUAAUAUAUUAAAUAACGAAACAUAUGCAAUUUGAAAGUAAACCUUUUCUUUUCUAGCUUGUUCACAGAAGUUGCCAUUGUAAAGCGCUUUUUAUCUACUGACUGGUUGGAGCACCUCCAGGAACUCUCUCUACAAUCCUUGCUAUGUCUCCAUGUGCUAUGCCUUAACUCUAGGUUUGCCUUCAGUGACUCCGCAUCACAAAGUGAAAUUUCUUAUUA